GUGGCCUGCAGCCAGCUCACGCACGCGCGCGCGGCCAACCCGGGCCGUGCCCCAAAAAAACCAAAACCAAUGCCAAAUUAACUCCCCACCACCACCGCCCCGCGGCUCCCACCCCACCUCUUCUUCCUCCUCCUCCUCCGAUUCCCCCCCAAUUCCCAACCCUGCGGAGGAGGCAGGGAGGAAAAGGCCGGACCGAGCAGCCCGCCCACGGCACCGCACCGCUGCGGGUUACUGGGACCGGGCCAGUGGCCGGCCGCCAUUCGGGAGCCCUGACCGCGGCGAGGGGGGGGAGCGCCGCCGCCGCCGACCGAGGUCCGAGGAUGGACGACCUCAAGCAGAUCCUGGCGCGGCCGAUCCAGCUCGCCGAGCAGGUAAUAAAGUGGGCCGACGAGGCCUACACGUUCCGGCAGGAGUGCAUGGAGCUCAAGGCCAAGGUCGAGCGCCUCGCCGGCCUCUUCCGCCAGGCCGCGCGCGCCGACCUCUACGAGCGCCCCGCGCGCCGCAUCUUCGACGACACCGAGAAGGCGCUCGACAAGGCGCUCGCCCUCGUCGACAAGUGCCGCGCGCACGGCCUCGUCCGCCGCGUCUUAACCAUCAUCCCCGCGGGCUCCUUCAAGAAGAUGACCAACCAGCUCGACAACUCCAUCGGGGACCUCUCGUGGCUCCUCCGGGUCUCCUCGUCCGCCAACGACGACGACGACUUCGACGCCCACAUCGGCCUCCCGCCCAUCGCGCAGAACGAGCCCAUCCUCUUCCUCAUCUGGGAGCAGAUCGCCGUGCUCUACACCGGCAACCUCGACGCCCGCGCCGACGCCGCCGCCAGCCUCGUCUCGCUCGCGCGCGACAAUGACAGGUACUCCAAGCUCAUCAUAGAGGAGGACGGUGUGCCGCCGCUGCUCAAGCUCGUCAAGGAGGGCCGCCUCGAGGGACAGGAGAACGCCGCGCUCGCCGUCGGGCUCCUCGGCCGCGACCCGGAGUGUGUCGAGCAGAUGGUGCAGGUCGGGGCCUGCCUGGCCUUCGCCAAGGUGCUCAAGGAGGGCCCCAUGAAGGUGCAGGCCAUGGUGGCCUGGGCCGUCUCGGAGCUCGCCGCCAACCACCCCAAGUGCCAGGACGCCUUCGCGCAGCACAACGUGAUCCGGCUGCUCGUCGGCCACCUCGCCUUCGAGACGGUGCAGGAGCACUCCAAGUACGCCAUCACGUCCAAGAUGUCCAUACAUUCCGUGGUGAUGGACAAAAAGAACAGCACCAAUUCGGUAGAAUUGCUGGAUGCCGCGGACCACGGUGCCAUGAGGUACCCGACUGGACAUGGACAAGCUCCCCAGAACAAGAAUGAGAUGCACAGUUUGGUGCAGUCCACCAUGGCUGCCAAGUCUAAUGGGGGCAGUGCUAAACACGUAGUUACUAGUGGUGGUGUUGUGGCAACGAAGCAGCACAAUGCGUCAUUGUCAGGAACGAGUACAAGGGGCAGGGAGUUCGAGGACCCUGAGACAAAGGCAUACAUGAAAGCCAACGCUGCAAAGGCAUUGUGGCAGCUCGCCAAGGGCAAUGCGGCUAUCUGUAAGAGCAUCACAGAGUCAAGGGCUCUGCUCUGCUUUGCCGUUCUCCUUGAGAAAGGUGAAGGUGAUGUGCAAUAUAAUUCUGCCAUGGCUCUCUUGGAGAUCUGCUGUGUCGCCGAGCAGAAUUCCGACCUGCGAAGAUCAGCAUUCAAGCCAACUUCUCCUGCUGCCCGGGCUGUUGUUGACCAGCUCCUACGUGUUGUCGAGAAGGCUGAGUAUGAUGAUCUCCUAAUUCCCUGCAUUAUGUCGCUAGGUUGCUUGUCCAGAACCUUCCGUGCUACAGAGACUCGGAUUAUUGGACCAUUGGUGAAACUUCUUGAUGAGAGAGAAGCAGAUGUAUCCCGAGAAGCAGCAAUUGCCCUGACCAAGUUCGCGUGCACAGAAAACUACCUGCAUGUUGACCAUUCUAAAGCGAUCAUCAAUGCAGGCGGAGCAAAGCACCUAGUUCAGCUUGUGUAUUUCAGUGAGCAGGUGGUUCAGAUUGCAGCACUCACCCUUGUAUGCUACAUUGCACAUAAUGUCCCAGACAGUGAGGAGUUGGCGCACGCAGAAAUCCUCACGGUGCUCGAAUGGGCCUCCAAGCAAGCUUACAUGAUGCAAGACCCGGUCAUCGAGAACUUGUUGCCAGAGGCAAAGAUCAGAUUGGAACUGUAUCAAUCCAGAGGCGCAAAAGGCUACCAUUAGAUUACCUGCUGUGGAAAGGCAUGAAAGAAGAGUUUUAAGUCUUUCUUCUUUGGAUUGGCCAAGUACUGUCUGUAUAUACAUCCAGCGGCUUCUAUGUAUACUCUGGUUAAACCUUUUUGAUUCCCAACAUGGCAAAAGUUGAAGUUACAUCUUUGGUUGGGUUCUCGAUACAGGGAAGUAAUUUUUGUUUGUAGGCUUGGAUGUUCAGAACUCCAGUUCCUCUUGUUGGUGGUAUAGUUUUGGGAGAUUAGCAUCUUAUACUCUCUUUGGCCUAAUUAUGUAUCGUGUAUAUUACAUUUCACUCAUUAAUCUGAAAAAAGUUUCUUAAAUCCAAGAGCCUCAUAAUUUUCUUGCAUGUGACCUCACGGUUUGCUUUAGCCUUUUCUUGUAGGUAGCAUUUGAAUUCAGGAGUUUGCUAAUUUUGUUUUUCUGGUCAUUUGAUUAUUAUGCACUCCACUCCAUUCUUUUGUGCUUAAUGUUCAAUUGGAGACUCUGAUCUUCUGACUAGUUGGCUCAUCUAUGAGAGAAAUUCUUGAAAACUGAGAGUAUGACAUUUUUCUUGCAGAUGACCUCAUGGUUUUCUUGACCGCUUCUUACUUUCUUGUAAGUAGCAUCUGAACAAAGAAUGUUGCAGUUAUGUUUGCCAUUCAAUUCUUGACAAUGUGCUCUAUUCUAUUAUGCUUAUGUUUUAAUUGGAGGAUGUAAUAUUGACAUAUUGCCACUAGUCAACUGCAGUAUAGUUUACUACAUGUUCAGUUUUCUAACUCCCGAUCUCAUGCUUCUAUGUACUUAUCUGUUUGACUUGCUCCGCAUCUGAAAUGACAUUUAUCUGUUUGGCUUGCUCCGCAUGUGAAAAUUCCAUUGUUAUUAGCACUACUGUGCUUGCGAAUGUUUGUGGCCUCCCAUUUCUUUCAUAUCCCAUUUUUCAUAUUAGUGUAUUACUGUACAUGUGAGUAUGCUUAUAUUGGGAUAAUUUUAAUGUUGUGGAGGCUAUGGCUGGAUGGAUGUUUGAAAUAGUAGCCUUUGGCUCUGAUUCUCUGAAGGCUAGCUGUGCCCCUUUUUUCAUGUCAUGCAGCUAGCUCUAUACACAGUACAACAGUCAUUCUUCUUCAGGACUUUCAUGUGAGACUAAUCUGUUGAUGUAGGAUGUAGCCUGCCUAGCAUUCGCUAACUCUUAGGAUGCCUCAAGCGCCUUCCGUCCUUAUCCUCUCGCUACAGGACACAAGGGCGACAGGGAGGCGAUUUGGGUUGCCGGCGGCGAUUCGGCCGGUCCCUUCCCUCUCCGGUGACCUGUACGGCGCCGGAGAUGGAAGAGGAGCGGCGAAUCGUCGUGCGGUUGUGAAUAGAUUAGGUAGUUUAGUACCUAGGUCUUCGCUUUCCUCGCUGUCGACGUUGACGGUGGUGGAACUAAUAAGAUCGCCAGGUGUUCCUAUGGCCACGGCGGUGUUCGUGCUCCUCCAAGGGGCCUUCUCCGGAGACGGCGCCCUCUGUGGUGUGUGCUCCGGCGACCUCUCGGUGAGGUUUAUCUAUCUCAGCCUAGGCUUAUUGUUUGGGUUGGACAUUUCAAUCCCCUCUUUUGGGUUUUGUCGAUUCCGGGUCGCUUGCUUUGCUGGCGGUGCCGGAUUUUCUUCUGGGCCACCGCUGCUUGGUGGCGUGGUGCCAGAUUGGGUUUCUUCCCCAGCUGGUGGUGACGGUUGCCGAUGGUCGUUCACCGUCUCUUGCGUAUGCCGGAGUUUGACAGCCAUGAGGCUGUGCUCGUCUGCACACAUCUCUUGCGGCUUUCCAAUGUUUGGGAUCGUUCUGCUAGCUUGGGAAGAGAAGUUGGUUCCUUGCCUCGGUGGUCUCCGGCGCUGGGUGGCGGCCUGGUGCUUCGAUUCCGGCGAGCUGCAGUGGGAUCCAAGAAGUCAAGUUGAAGACGACGACCCUGGUGUGCGUGCGUGUGUUUUCUUUGUUCUUCAGGGUGUUGUCUGUAAUAUGGGGUUUGUACUCUUCACUGUUUAAUAUAAUCUCCACUCUUCGCAAAAAAAAAA